AUGGCGCACAUAUAUCAGCCAACUGAUAUUGUACUGGCCAAGGUGAAGGGAUAUCCGGCAUGGCCUGCAUUAAUUGUGCCAAAUGAACUUAUCCCUGAACAUGUAAUGCGAAAUAGAUCAAGAAAUCAGAGUUCGCAGACGAAAAAUAUCUCAAAAGACGAGACUGUUGAUGAUCAAGUUAAUGACGUGGCGUCUGACGAUGAGGACGUUUCAAAAUAUAUCGUCUAUUCUGAUAUUUUGAAGUUCCGUAAAUUCGAUGAUAUAAAAUCUCAGUACUGUGUGAAAUUCUUUUGUGAUGACUCUUAUAUAUGGGUGAGGAAUAACGAUGUACAACUGCUUACAGAGGAAGACUGUGACAAGUGGUUGAAUAGUUCAAAGAAGAAAAAUAAGAAGCUUAUACCGGCUUACGAAAUGGCAAGAAAGGGCUCCCAAGGUGUUGAUGUUUGGGAGUUCAUCGAAUACGGUUCUGCGGGGAAACCAGAUGAUGAAGAAUACGUUGAGGAACUUGAGGAGAAUAAUAGCUUAGGAGAUGAAGAGAAUGAGGAUGCCGAAGACAACCAAAAGGUAGAAUUUAGAUCAAAGAGGACUUCCAAAAGGCAGGCACAAAAAUUGAAAAAGGAAACUCAAGCCAGGGCCGAAAAAAAUGUCAGGAAUACAAGAUCAAGACAAGUUCAAGAGUUAGAGCAGUUUGAUGAAGAUCCUUUCGAGGAUGGAAGCUUACAAGAGCCCGAAUCAAAGAGAGCUCGCUCAAAUGCGGGGAAUAGGUCUAAGGGAAAGAAAAAUGCCACUGCAAAAGUAGAUCACAUUGUGGAAAAAUAUCACUACGAAAAUGAUGAGGAUUGGACAAUUGUUGGUUUAGGACCUCAAGAGUUGUCGAUUCAAAAAAAUGCAAGUUCAUUUGUGAACAAGCUUUCUCAGAAGAAAAACUACAGCGUUCAUGUAGAGACGAAAUUGGAUCUCAUGGAUAGAUUAGUGGGAGUUAAUAAGCUUAUGGAGAAUGUAAUUCUAACAGAUGAAAAGCAGGGUGAUAAAGUUUCGAGGGAAGAUGUUGAAAUGAUUCUGGACGAAUUGGACCUGGCACUUGAUAUCAAAGGUGCGCAUGAUGAAUAUAUUACCGUUUUGCAAUCUAAUGUUUCACUGCUUACAAAUUUCAGACUAUUACUUAAUCUUCGACAUAAUCAGUUAAAAGAAUGGGAUCUUUGGACUCAGUUUCAAGCUGCAUAUAAAUUGAUUUACCUGUUUGAAUUCGUUCCAGAUUCUACCGAAUGGACGAAGCGCCCAACUGAAACCCUAGCAGACAUGAGCGAAUCAUUCGUAAGUGAAACUGUUGAAAUAUAA